AUGCUAAGAUCACGUCUAACCUCCAUCCUCCGCCGUCGCAGCGCCGACGGUCCCAACCGCUGGACCACCCCAGGUCACCAAGAAAGACCCAACGGCUACUUCCUAAACCGAACCCCUUUACCAGCAGGACAGUCAAGAAAGUGGGAAGAUUGGGAGCUUCCAUGUUAUGUAACAAGUUUCUUAACAAUUGUAAUUCUGGGUGUUGGUCUAAAUGCUAAACCUGAUCUAACUUUAGAAACAUGGGCCCACCAGAAAGCCAUUGAACGCCUUGAGGCUAAACAGAAUUUAUCAGCUGCUGCAGGAAAUGAUUUGGAGUGA